AUGCCUGCUCCCACCGCCGUACAGCGCGCUCCCGAAGCCCUCGCAGAGGCUGUAGCCGACAGCGUCGCUCUUCCUCCCAGCACCAGCGACGAGAAUCUCCAUGUCGACAUUAUCACUGCCCCACAGCCGUCCGAACCUGAAGUGCCAGUCCAGGCUACAGAAGACACAGAUAUGCAGAUAGAUGAAGAAGGAAGACCCCGAUUUGCACCAGCAUCCUCACAACCAGACUCUCCAUCUACCAUCCGAAUACAGUCGCGCAAAGUGCCGAUACCUCCCCACCGUAUGUCGCCCUUGAAAACAAACUGGCCAAAAAUCUACCCUCCGUUGGUCGAGCACCUGAAAUUGCAAGUACGAAUGAACAUCAAAUCCAAAGCGGUGGAACUGCGCACGUCGAAAUUCACCACGGACGCCGGGGCGCUGCAGAAGGGCGAAGAUUUCGUCAAGGCCUUCACGCUCGGCUUCGACGUUGACGACGCCAUUGCGUUGCUACGACUAGACGACCUUUACAUUGAAACCUUCGAAGUCAAGGAUGUUAAGACGUUACACGGCGACCACUUGGGCCGCGCAAUCGGUCGGAUAGCGGGCAAGGAUGGAAAGACAAAAUUCGCCAUCGAGAACACAAGCAAGACGAGAGUUGUGUUGGCAGACAGCAAGAUUCAUAUUCUGGGUGGAUUCCAAAACAUCAGAAUCGCACGAGAAGCCGUGGUCAGUCUGAUCUUGGGUGCGCCUCCUGGCAAGGUCUAUGGCAAUCUAAGGACUGUCGCGAGUCGGAUGAAGGAGAGAUUUUGA